AAUGAAAAAAAUUUUAGUAUUUAUUUAUUGCCUCCAGGGUUAUCUCUAGGGCUUGGUGCCUGCACUAUGAAUCCACUGCUCCCAGAGGCCAUUUUUUCCAUUUUGUUGUUGUUGAAUAGGACAGAGAGAAAUUGAGAGUGGAGAGAGAGAGAAAAAGGGAGAGAAAAAGAUACCUGCAGACCUGUUUCACCAUUUGUGAAGGUGGGGAACCAGGGGCUCAAACUGGGAUCCUUGCAAGGGUCCUUGUGCUUUGCACUAUGUGUGCUUCUCACUAUGUGCGCUUAACCUGGUGUGCCACCGCCAGCCCCCGGUUUUAUGUUGUAUUAGUGAAAGAAGCAAAAAAAUAAAAAAAAAAACCAGAGCAUUAUUUUGGCACAUGAGAUGCUGGUGACUGAGUUUGAAUCUCAUGCUUGAAAGUCCAGUGUUCUUCUCUCCUUUGGGCUCGGCUGGAGAGCGCAGCUCGCUGUGGCCUGUCGUGUCGCAGUCAUGGCCGGCCAGGCGUUCAGGAAGUUCCUUCCCCUCUUCAACCGGGUCCUGAUGGAGAGGAGCGCUGCUGAAACUGUGACCGAGGGAGGCAUCAUGCUUCUGGAGAAGUCGCAGGGGAAGGUGUUGCAGGCGACUGUGGUGGCCAUCGGAUCCGGCUCCAAAGGAAAGACUGGAGCGAUUCAACCAGUUAGUGUUAAAGUUGGAGCUAAAGUUCUUCUGCCAGAAUAUGGAGGCACCAAAGUGGUUCUAGAGGACAAGGAUUAUUUAUUUCGAGAUGGCAAUAUUUUUGGAAAGUAUGUAGACUGAAAUCACUGUUCAAGUGGCAUCAUAUGAAGCUGCUUCAUUCCACGGAAGUUGAAAUCCUUCAUCAUGUAAAUAAUUUCCAUGUCUCUUUUAUAAUAAACUGUGAUAUCCAAAAAAAAAAAAAAAAAAA